AGCAAAAAAAUAAUUAAUAAAUAAAACAUUCUAAGAGAAAUCCGAGAUCAGGACUGUGCAUGGGAUUAGUUUUGCUUUUAGUCGUCAUAUGCAGGAUGUUUUUGUAAACAUAAAUAAAUAAAUAAAUAAAUAAAUCAAUAAUAAUAAAACCCAAACGCAACUUGAGUCGAAUUAGUGCAAAAGCAUGCAUAUUAUCAGUAAAUGCAAUAUUUCAAUAGAGCUAGAUAUAAGCGUGCAAUGCACGCGCAUAUGUAUUCUCCUCGCGCCUGUGUCUGAUACACCUGUCACGCUCUUAACAACUGCAAUAUAUCUUAUUAUUUCUGGCCCGUGUCAUAUCGGAGGCGGAGAGCAUCUACACGCGGAGGGAGGGAGACACGGAGAGCGCUUGCUGACUGACCGACAUGCAUCUUUUUUUUUCUUCUUCUUUUUUUUUUUUUUUUUUUUUUUUGGGCAAAUCAGUCUGCGUAUAAGAGCGCGAGCACCGAGCCUGCGUGCGGAGCUGCGCGGUUAUGGUCGCGUGCGUACUUUGUUGUUUUUCACUGGUGCGCGAGCAUCGGGACCUGUUGUUUUUUUAUUUGUUUUAUUUAUUUAUUUCGUUAUUUGUUUACGGUCGGGUUGCACCACCACAAACAGAAGGAUGUCCCUUCAGGAGCGUUACCGCUGCUGUUGGAGGCACCUGGAAUACCUACGCAUUGGACGAGUCGGGAGCCAAAAGUCGUGAAAAGUCGGUUGGUCGGUUUGUUCCUCGUGGCGCAGAAUCGAGCUUCCUACCUGCAGUCGAGGGAAAGUAUCACGAGGGUCCCAGGUUUAGUCAUCCUAUGAAUGGGGCUGUGCUGUGCCCAGCUCAGCUCCCCGUGCCCUGGUCAGGACUAUGCAGGGCCCUGGUACCCUCCUGAAUGCACUGGCCAGCGGUUUGCGAGAGCAGGGAGGGCGGUGGGGCCCACCGAGGCCGAGGUGGACGCGGUGCUAUGCCCCCUCCUUUCCGGAUAGCGGUGCUGGGCGCGCAGGGUGUGGGCAAGACAGCCAUUGUGCAGCGCUUCCUCCACGAUGACUACAGCGACGCGGCCUCGUCAAGCCGCACACGCCGGGUGCAUCUGUCUGCCGCUGUGCUCAACGGCCACGUGCACGACCUGCAGAUCACUGACUACCCGGCCAUCAGCAGCUUCCCCGGCAGCUCCCUCCAGGAGUGGUCAGACGUUUGUUGUCGAGGUAUUCGCAGUGCCCAUGUCUACAUCCUGGUUUACGACAUCUGCUGCUUCGACAGCUUCGAGUACGUCAAGACUAUGCGCCAGCAGAUCCUGGAGACCCGGGUGAUGGGUGCAACAGAGACGCCGAUCCUGAUCGUAGGCAACAAGCGCGACCUUCAGCGAGGCCGGGUCAUCCCGCGCCACAACGUCUCAGACUUGGUGCGCAAGAGCUGGAAGUGUGGCUAUGUGGAGUGCUCGGCCAAGUUCAACUGGCACAUUUUGCUGCUGUUCGGUGAGGCUUUGCGGAGCGUGGGCUGUGUCCGCUGCAAACACGUGCACACCACUGUACGCUUUCAGAGAGCGCUGAGGAGAGAGCGCUGCGCUCUCAUGUGAGGUGCCAGCUUGUCACGUUCGAAAAGAAACCCAGUUAUAGCUGUGAUAAUGAGCCCGGGUUGCCUUCUAGCCAAGGAAUCCUGUCGUGGAUGUUUCACUGAGGAGAAAUGUAUCCUCUGUUCACACAAACUGCUUUCUGAUGCCAAGAGGAAUCCUCAGAUGCUGCUUGUUCAGGAAACCUGCCGACUGAAACGUCUCAACGAUGACUGAAGCCUCAAAAAUCAGCUUUAAAAUCACGUUGCUGAAAUGCAAAUAAUGUGUUUAUGCUGGGAGUGCUUUAAGAAGCCCAUUUCUGCUUUUUAUCUUGGGCAUACACUGAUGAAUCUUCCAGUUCUAUUGCGCAAAAGUGCAUCUCUCUCAUCAUGGCUCAUUGUGUGGCUGUACCACACACGGGUGAAUAACAUAAGAGCACAAAUAAACGUCUGUGUACGCCCAGUGGAUACUUCCGUGUUAGCUCGUUUAGGUGCAAUUCAGAAGUAUCGUGUUGUACCGUGUUGUACGAAGGCAUGGCAUGAAAUAUGUCCUAAUCAGACUCUCAAAUGAAGUGUUCGAGCAGGAAGUGGGUCAGUAAAUUAUAUGAUAUAGUUCACCAGGACCUAAGCAAACAAGGAGGGGGGGGGUUCAAAUUUUAUUCUUCUAUAAUAUGAAGCUCAAUUUCAAAUUGACUUCAUUUUUCAUCCUGAAGGACAGCACAAUAUUGCCAAGAAAAAUGUUCUACCAUGAAAUUUGCUAUUACGACCCUCUGACACCUUUCAUAGUACUCGUCCUAAAAAAAAUAAAUCUUUUAUACAACAUUCUGUAAUUUCAAUUCUGUAUCUAGUUCAAACAGAGCCCCAGCAACUGAAACUUGAAUAAAUUGAAAUUUAAAAAAGGAUUUUAUUUAAAGAAACCUUUUUUUUUUUUAAAUAGUGAAGGUUUGUACGCAUAUGAAUUUUUAUUUUCACAAUGUUGACUGUACACUGCUGACAGUAAAUACAUUUGUCUCAUAUAUGGUCAAAUGUCAGGAUAUUUAUGGGCCAUGCUUGAAGAAAUAAUGGAACUAAACUAUCUUUUCCGGUCGCUGACGAGGUUCCCUUAUCCUUUGUAGCCUUAAUAUGCAUCUUUCAAUUGGAAUCGUAGAUAUAUAGUGCCUUAAAAGAUUUAAGGUAUAUAAUUGGACCGUAAAAUUUUAGAGUAAAGCUUUAACGGUAAACUCUAGGUAAAAUCUAGGUUAAAAAAAAAACAUACUAAAAGAUGUGGAGAAAUGGUAUCGUUUAUGAUACUUUGGCCCUUCUCUAUCAUGGCCCCUUAAUAAUCCCCAUCCUUGAAUUGGCUACAUCACUCUCUCCUCUCCACUAAUAUUUGGUGUGUGGUGGGCGUUCUGGUGCUCUAUGGCUGCCGUCACAUCAUCCAGGUGGAGGAUACACACUGGUGGUGGUUGAGGAGAUUUCCUCCCUCCCCCCAUACUAUGUAAAGCGCUUUGAGUGUCUAGAAAAGCGCUAUAUAAAUGUAACUGUACCUAACUAUACUUUUUUUUUCCCCCUGAGUGUAAAUGUAAACCUGGUAUUAUGUUUAAAAGUAUUUUAAAUCAAGAAUCCCUAAUAAUUUAUCAUGCAUUACGCUUAAUAUCUGAGGAAACAACAGUCUUAAUCAAAAUGAAGGUAUUCGAUAUUAUCCACAUUAAAUACAGCUGCGCCGUAAACAACUGAAAGUCAGGAUGUACUUGUUGCACUAAAACUGAUAAUAAAUCGUCUUGCUGGUAUCAGA